UAAAUAGAGGAAGAAUCGAAACUGAGGUAAGUCUCUUAUAUUAUUACUGAGGAUUCAAAAAUCCCUUUUUGUAUCCGAAAGGAUUCUUUUUUCCUGUUUUAUUUUUUAGUUUUUGUAUUUUAUUCUAAAGCUUUUUUAGAAUUACUUGCUUUUGCCCUUUUAUGAUUUUUAAAGGAUAUCAAAAGAAGACUGAUUAUUUUUAUUUUAUUAAUUCUCAUACCUUUGUGGAUAUUGCUUGAUAUGUUGCAUCUGCAUUCUAAUGAAGUAUCUGCCAUGGUUAUUCUUUUGUUGUUAUUAUUCACUCUUAUUGUGACACCAUCUGUAUUCCCAUUAUUUUGGCAAGCGCGUUCUUGGCUAGAUAUUCUCCUAUAUAUAUUAUGUUUUCUCGUGAUUUCUCGUUUGACCGCUCGGGGGUCUCGCUGCCUAUGGCCGCCUAACGUGGACUUUACGGGCCGCGUGGCGCUCGUUGUGGGGGCCAGCUCGGGGGUCGGUUUUGAGGUUGCUGCGCAGCUCGCGAUGCAGGGCUGGACGGUGAUCCUCGCGGGACGUCAUCGGGGUCGUCUGCUGCGCGCUCAAACGCGAAUUAACCACCAACUCGCCCGACAUCCCGCGACCGCCGGAAGAUCCAAACCCGACUUCCCGCGUGGGAGGACUUUUCUGCUGGAUGCGGUCGAUUUCCUUGAUAAGGAGUCCGUGCGCCGGUUCGCAUCCAGCAUUCUUUCGAUACAGGAUCGAUAUCCUCUCGCGCUCCUGGUAAACGCCGCGGGCGUCUUGCGUCGGCAUUUGCACUAUUCUUCGAACAAAGAUUGGUGGGAUCUGGAGGAGAUGCUCGCGACGAAUGCGGUCGGCCCUAUGCUGCUCACGAAACUGCUCUUACCUGCGCUUAUUCAAACUGCGGAGCGCUCUAGGCUUUCCUCGCGGGUCGUCAACGUGGCUUCGAGUUGCCAUACCUUUCUGGGCUUUAAAAAACUGAGGCUACGGGACGAUCCUAUCGACAUGAUUUGUGAUUUAAAAAGAAAUGCAAGGUUGCUGAAUCUUUCAGGUGUCCCUACACAGCAGAACGUGCCUGAGGGCUGUCUGGCGUCCAGUGACGAUUCGCAUUACGUGAUGCACGAUUUUCCACUUCUCAAUUUUAUCGGUUAUUAUGGCCUGUCAAAGCUGUGUGUGAUUUGGAACACGCGACUGUUGGCAGAGAGUCUUUCAGGACUCACUUUUGAUACUUCACUCAAUGCAAAUGAAGCGAAAGCUCUUAGAAAACAGACUGAAAAAGUGAUUUCGCUCGCACCAGGAGAAUCAAAAGGGGUUCCUUCUCAACGUCAGCGCUCCAAAGUAUAUGUGGCCUGCGUGCACCCAGGCAUCUCUGCAACCCAUCUUUAUCGGGACUUGCUACCGAGCUGGUUUCUCGAUUAUUGUGUUUAUCUUCCCUCUCUCAUUGUGGGAAAGACAUUGGAUGAACUGGCGCAGUCGACGCUUAAAGCCGCUGUUGAGGAAGAAAAUAUAGUGCAGGGCGGUUAUUAUAUGUGUGAUGGGGAGCACGGUUCCAACAACGGUGUGAAUUGCCUCUCUAAGCACGCUACUGACGCCGCGGCGAUAAAAGCAUACGCUAAGUUUCUAGAUCCGUUGCUUCAAUCCUAA